CUCUAGCCCCUUCCCGGAAUACCCACAUGGCCUUGGCAGUCUGGGACAGAAGCCAAACUGGAAAGGUACAAAGGUUCAAGAUCUUGCAGACAUCUGAGGUCUCAUGGGGACAUUCCAACAUUCCAGACUGCUGCCUACAAUGAUGCUCUGAGUCACAGUCUUCGGGCCAAGGCGCUGGCAACCAUUUGGAACCCCAGGACGGCCAACCUCGCUAACCCCCUGAACACGCAGGAGCCUAGUGUGAGUCUGGCCUGAAGUCAGGGCACACACUGGAGAAAGCCUGCUUUGUUCAUGGAAAGAGGAAAGGAGACAAGGACUUCCAGUGAGUUGCAGCAAACUUUCCACCAUCGGAAGGAGCCCACCUUCCUUAUCAGCCAUGCCAGCCCUUGCCCAGUAACACGGUGUGUCGAUUCCGGGGAAAAAGCCGAGACACUGCUUCAGAAAGCUCGGCCUGGCACUGUGAUUGUGUCCAGAGCAUCAGGCAGGGGGAUGAGGUCAGCAGGGCAACCCAGUCCCCCGGUCAUCCCAGCCCGUAGGCCAGCCUUCCGGGUCUGCUACAUCUGCGGCCGAGAAUUCGGGUCCCAAUCCCUUACCAUCCACGAGCCUCAGUGCCUGGAGAAGUGGCAUACAGAGAACAACAAGUUACCCAAGCACCUGAGGAGGCCGGAACCUUCCAAGCCACAGUCUCUGGGCAGCAGCGGCACCUACAGCCUCCAGGAGGCCCCUGAGGCCGUCUUCCAGGGUACCCAGGCUCAGUUGGCACCCUGCGAGGUGUGCGGCCGCACCUUCCUGCCAGAUCGCCUCCUGGUUCACCAGAGAAGCUGCAGGCCGAAGGCUGAGGGUCCCGGAGCACCUUCUGAUGACCUUCCUGGUCUCAGGAAAGCCUCCCGUGGAGUCUCUGCCCGCCCCAGGACUCUCCCAUGCUACAUCUGCGGUAGGGAUUUUGGGAGCCUGUCACUUCCUAUCCAUGAGCCAAAAUGCCUGGAGAAGUGGAAGAUAGCAAAUGAGCAGCUGCCCAGGGAGCUCCGCCAGCCGCUCCCGCAGAAGCCUCAACCCCUUUUGUCUGGAUUGGCCAGCCACGAGGGACCAAGUCCAGUGGCGCUUGUGCCCUGUCCCUACUGCCACCGGACCUUUGUCCCAGACCGUCUUCUGGUGCACCUGAGAAGUUGUGCAGCUCAACUGAGCAGGACCAAAGGGCAGAGCCCAUCUCUAGGGACUCAAGGUGGCCUCCAGGAAGCCACUGGUGUCAAGCAGCACGGCAGUACGACUGCACCUAGCGUGAUGGAUAAGCCAACAAUGAUAAGGCGUCCACCAACUGUUGUUUGUUACAUCUGCGGUCGUGAAUAUGGAACAAAGUCGAUUGCCAUCCAUGAACCACAAUGUCUGAAAAAGUGGCACAAUGAGAACAACUUGUUGCCUAAAGAGCUAAGGAGAUCAGAGCCUAAAAAGCCAGAAGUCAGGACCAUUACUGCCAAAGGUUUCUAUGAUCUCGAUGCCUUACAAGAAGCGGCUUGGACAAGUGCCCAGAGCCAGCUGGUCCCCUGCAAUGUUUGUGGGCGUACCUUCCUGCCAGACAGACUGAUUGUUCACCAGCGAUCUUGUAAACCUAAAGCUGCCAAGUAAAGCCCUUCUCUGUGUGC